AUGAGCUACUACAGCAACUACUAUGGAGGCCUGAGCUAUGGCUAUGGCGGCUUUGGUGGACAGGGGUAUGGCUAUGGUUGUGGAUGUGGAAGCUUCUGCAGACUGCGCUAUGGCUGUGGCUUCAGAGGCUAUGGAUAUGACUCUGGUUAUGGAAGCUUUGGAUAUGGCUGCCAUCGCUACCCAUUCUUCUAUGGAAGAUAUGGAUUUUCUAGCUUCUGUUGA